AUGGAAUCAGGCUCUUCUUCAAAACGCAUCUUUCCCCCGCUAUAUGUCUCUUCGGGAGACAUAUCUGCUGAUAGACUUGCUUUUUUCCAUAUCUUGGAACGGCUAAAAACACAAAAGCGAACCGGAUGGGUUGAUCAUAAAGGGCCUCAUUUUUUCAUCCCAAGUAUAUCUGACCAUAUGUAUCGUAUGGCUCUCCUCGCCAUGUGUACAUCCGAUGCGAAAUUGGAUGUAUCGAAAUGUGUUAUGAUGUGCCUCGUUCACGAUCUCGCAGAAGCUCAAGUGGGAGAUAUUGCUCCUAGGGAGGGAAUAACAAAAGCGGAGAAGAGGAAACUUGAGGCGGAUGCUAUGCACAACUUCGUCUAUGAAAUGUUACAUGGCAGCCCAGCGGCAUUGCGGAUCGAGGAUCUCUGGAAGGAAUAUGAAGAAGGCGAGUCCGAUGAAGCGAAAUUUGUGAAAGAUCUCGAUAGGUUUGAGAUGGCCACUCAAGCGCUCGAGUAUGAGAGGGCACACGGCGCACAAACACUCCAGCCCUUCUUCGACAGCAGUUUGCCAUAUGUUCGGCAUGACGAAGUUAAGUCGUGGGGAAAUGAUCUGGUGCAAGAGCGCGAGAAAAUAAGUUUAGAGGGAAGAUGA